AUGUCUUCAGCUGAUCCAAGACUAGGGAUGUCAUAUAGCAGUGGAGACAACACAUCUAGCACGCCGAUAAGCAUUCCGAUACCGCGGAGUGGGAGGACUGUGGUGAAUAACAAUGCGUCAUCGAGCACAAUAGCGAGCUAUCCGCGUACGACGCCGAGUGUGGCGACUACGGGCAGUGGCUAUCUUCCGAUGGGUACUUCUGUGACUACUGAGGAGACGCUUGCGAGCUCGCAGUCUUCGCAUUCUCCGUUUCGGGACAAUACACUGCUACAAACGAAUUCGAUAGCGUCGAACACUAACACUAGCCAUCUAAUAUCGAGUAAUGACACUGUGUCCAGUACUGUCGAGGUUUUACAAAGUCCUACCAAUCCAGCCGAUGAGAUGGCAAGUCUGCGGGAGAGCAUUGCCAGACCAGCAUAUGACCAUACCACUCGCGAUGAAACUAUAUUGGGGACCACUGAGAGAGAUGAACCUCGAGUGUCGUUUGCCCACGAUGAAAACUUGACAAGAAGAGACCACUAUCCUGGCCAUGAAUCUGCUACUGAAAAUGAUAAUGACACAUGUACUAUUAAUAAUGAUGACGAUAAUGAUGACGCCGAUAUGUUAACCAACCAUGAAGAACAACUGAAGUUUAUUCGAUCACACUAUAGAACCAAGCUAAAUGCCAAGUCGGAGACAGAAGAAAUUGAAGAAGUCGAAGAAGAGCUAAACAUCGCUGAGUUCCCUACUGAUAAGCUGCUUGAGAUGCUGACAGCACUAUUGAACAAGAUAAUAAAAUCUAAUGAUCAAAUGGAACCAUACAAAGAUAAAGACAAAGACGAAGACCACGAUGACGAUGAAUCAUUGACAGAUAGCAAACUUAUGAGCGUCAAAGGUACAGAUAAAGAAAAAUAUCUCAAGAGCAUUCUCAGCUUUAAAGGUAAGCAUGUUCCUCAAAUUACACUCUACCAGUAUUUUCAGAGAAUUCAAAAGUACUGUCCAACCACAAAUGACGUCUUUCUCUCAUUAUUAGUAUACUUUGAUAGAAUCUCGAAAAAAUGCAACAGCUCAGAUAGUGAAUCCGCGGAUACUUCCCCAGCCGAUCAAUUGUUCGUCAUGGAUUCAUAUAACAUACACAGAUUGGUGAUAGCCGGUGUCACCGUAUGUACAAAAUUUUUCAGUGAUUUUUUCUAUUCCAACUCCAGGUAUGCCCGUGUUGGUGGUAUUUCCUUAUCAGAACUAAAUCAUUUAGAGUUACAAUUCCUUGUUCUAUGUGAUUUCGAGCUACUAAUAUCCGUGGAUAAGUUGCAAAGAUAUGCCAACUUAUUAUUACGAUUCUGGAACAAUCAAGGGGUAGAUGAUUCAAGGUCCGACACCACUGUCUCUCAGGACUGA